AUGGUACAAACAAGACAACAGUUGCGCAAACAAGAAGAAUUCGACCAAUUACAGGUUAGUGAAGAAUUGAAACGAUUGAGUGUUAUUGAAGUUGACCAAAUAAAUAAUCCAACGGAACAACAACAUAUUGUAUAUGGUCCUAUUUCAUUUAUGAUGACGGAAAAACUAGUUAACAGUAUACUAUCGAACAAUUUGGAAAAAUUACCAAAAUUUGGUGGUAAACGUAAUGAAAAUGUGAAAAAAUGGUUGCUUGAUAUUACAAAUGAAUUGAAUCUGGUUAACCUUAAUGACCAUCAAAAACCAUCUGUGAUUCAAACAUUUCUCUUGGAUGACGCUCGUCGCUGGUUCAUCAACAAUAUGUCUGUGAUAACAGAGUGGUCUAUAUUUACGAUUCAAAUACAAAAAACAUUUUCAUCAACACUGCACCAAGAGCUAGCUAUAAAAAAAAUUGGUGCGCGUCAACAAGGGCUUGAUGAAACUAUUUUGCAUUAUUAUAAUGACAUGAUGGAUACGGAUAUGAAUGGUCAAUUAAAAGUUGCAUAUCUGAAAGCAGGUCUCAAAGUUUCUUUAAAAAAAGAUGUGAUGCGACAGGACCCAAAAACCCCGGCACAAUUCCUGGAAGUGGCACAAGUGGAAGAAAAAUUGAACUCGUCAUUAACUAUGCAAAUGGACAAUGUCCAAACAUCACAUACUAGUUCUGUAUCCACAAUUAAAUCCCCUAUCAGAUCUUACCCUCAACAACUACAGCAACCUUCGCAAUCAUCAUCAAAAGCUAGAUGUUAUCGAUGUAAUAGAAAUAAUAUUGUUCAAUUAACGAUUUAUAAUCCCACAAAGAAAUUAGUAACACUUCCCAGACGUAUGUUUUUGGAAACAAUUGAUCAUUUGGCUUCAGAUACAUAUUGUUCAACAUUAUUUUCAAAUGGAAUAACGCAGGAAUGUGAUGUCAACCAAGAAAAAGAAGCACAAACUGUACCAUUAAAUACUAUUACUGACUCAUUAAGCCAGCAUCUCAAAAUCAAUGAACAACAAUAUCAACAAUUACUAAAUUUUCUACAAGAACAUCGUGUACUGUUUGAUACCUCUCAACCAAGAACGAUCAAGACCAAGAUACAUCAUGUAAUCGACACAGGUGAGCAUUCUUCGGUAAAUGCAAAGCCAUACUUUAAGACCAUUGAUCAACGUAAAAAUGUUCAACAAGAGAUAGAUAAAAUGUUAAAAAGUGGUAUAAUUGUUCCGUCACAUUCUCCACGACUCAAUUCGAUUACCAAAAAUGAUUCUUAUCCACAACCUACGGUUGAGGAACUCUUACUACGCUUAGGUGGUCAUUCUUGGUUUACCAAAUUAGAUUUGAAAAAUGUAUUCAGUGUAUUAAGUGAGCAUCGAUUUACAUUAAAUCCUGAUAAAUGCUCAUUAGCUAAACAACCAAUUGAAUUUUUAAGCCAUACAAUCACAAAAGAUGCAAUUAUUCCAUCUAAGGAACGUAUUCAAGCCACACUUGAUAUUCCUCAACCCACAACAUUGGCUCAAGCAAACAAAUUUUUUGGAAAAAUUGGAUGGUAUAGGAAAUUUAUUCCAAAGUUUACUGAAUUAGCUGCUCCUAUCCAUAAAGUCACCAACAAGACAAAGAAGAAAAAACGAGAAUUUUAUUGGCAUGAGGAUUCAUUUUUUCAAGCAGCAAAUAAGUUAAAACAAGUAUUAACAGAAGAACCACUAGUAUUGAAGUAUCCUCAUCCAACUGCACCGUUUAUUUUGGCUACUGAUGCAUCGGAAAGUCAAAUACAGAAAAGUCGAAAUCAUGAUGAUGCAGAUGGCAUGUCACGACCGGAAGUCAAUGAUCAACAGCCAUCAUUAAAUAUUAUGACGAGAUCAAUGACGAAAACUGUUGUUUGUCGCACAUCAAAUAGUAACGACAAUGAAUCAAUUUCAAUAACUAAUGAUGAUACUCCGGUAUCGACCGUAAUGACAUUCGAUUUCAGUUUCGAACGCAUUAGUGAGGAACAGAAGCGUGAUCCUCAAAUAGCUCACAUCAGGAAACAAUUAUCCAGACGAAACACCAGUGAUCCAACUUAUAUAAUAGAAAAUGAUGUUUUAUACAAAAUGAUACGACUACCACCUGCAUUUACUAAAACUAAACUAAUAUACAUUCCAUUAUCAAUGCAAGAGGAAGUGAUUCGAUGUUAUCACGAUCAUCCAACUGGUGCUCAUUUUGGACUCAAUCGAACCUGGCUCAAACUUCGCAAAUCAUGCUAUUGGCUUGGUACGAAGAAGAUAGUUCAAAAUUACAUUAGAUUCUGCGACAAAUGUGCCAGAUUCAAUGUUCGUCGAACAAAAGCACCUGGUCAUUCACUACCAAUAGAAUACGCACAAGGCGCUUUAGAAUUAAUUGGUAUGCACUUCUGA